UUUGCCCCAGGAAGUACCUCCUAUUUGUUAUGUAAAGCUGACUUUGUUUUUAGGAGCAAACUGUGAGGACGGCUGUGUUUUUUCCUAACAGUGCGAUGGAAACAGACUCCCCUCUUUUGUUGGCUGCAGUGUCCCUGCUGUCAGCUCUGCACAUGGGCUACCUGACUCGGCAGGUAGGAAGAUCCAGGAUGGCUCACAACAUCUUACCUCCUGUUGUCACUGGACCUCCAGAAUUUGAGAGGACAUUUCGUGCACACCAGAACUGUGUGGAGUUCUACCCUCUCUUCCUGGUGUCGCUGUGGACCUGCGGUACCUUCUUCAGUGAGGUGUUUGCAGCUGCAGGAGGGCUGGUCUACAUGCUCGCUCGACAGAUGUAUUUCAGCGGAUAUGUCACAUCCGCCAAGAAAAGGUUACCUGGCUUUAUUCUGAAUUUGGUUGUCAUCGGCAUUCUGUCUCUGCUGGGUUCGAUUGGAGUACUGCACGGAAUACUAUAUAAAUACUUUCUUAUCUAACUUUGAAAAAUGUCAUCAAACUGUGCAAACCAACAAAUAAAGUUCUUUGUAUUUGGCAGAA